AUGUUAAUAUUUUGGAUUCUGAUUGAAUGCUAUUCAUAAGGGUUUGCAAAAGAGUUUUCUAUUUAUUAGAAUGAUGAAUAAGUGCUUGAUAGUUUUUCAUAAUUUGGAAUAAUUUUGGGAUCAAAUAUAACAUAUGAAAGUCAAACAGAUUAACCCUGUUACAUAAUAAAUUAAAAAUUAAAGAAUAAACAAUCAGAGGAAAUUAUUCUUAUACCUGAAUUUUAAGAAGUUACCUUUAGUAAUUAUUUCAAUGAUGGGAAAUUAAAUAGAGAUAUAAAUUAAAUUGUAUAAGUUGUUCAAAUAUCAACUGGUGCAAUUGUUAUGAGCAAUCAAGGAGAAUUGAUUUAUUUAAAAUUAGUAGAGAAUUCUUUUAAAUUAGUUGAAUCAAAGAUGCUUUCCAUUAAUAAACAAUAAUUGCUGAAACCUGUUUAUAUGUAAUUCAUCAUAUUGUCAAAUGAAUUAUUGAUUUUACUGAAUGGUGAAACUUUCAAGAUAAGAUUGGAAUUUGAAAGUGAAUCGAUUUUUGGUGAAAUCACAAAGAUAUAUGAUGUUUUUUUAACAGAAUAGAUAAAAAGUGUAGCAUUUGUAGAAGAUUUAUUAUUUGUAGCAUCAGGAGAAUUAGGAUUGCAUAUUUAUUUAGUUAGUAAACGAGUAUUUGAGUAAAUAUCAUGUACAAUUGAAUUUAAAAAUAUUACAGAUUUAAGAGUUUUUUAAGAUCAAUCAGUUUACUUUAUUUUUGCUCUUGAUUAUGAAAAAGGAGUAAAAGUAAUCACUUUUAAUGCAAAAACAUCUUUAUUUUAUGAAAAUAAUAAAUUAACAAAUAUUCCUUAUAGAGGAGAGAUUAUAGACUUGUAUUAAAAUGUGUUGAUGGUUGUUGAAGAGAAGGAAAGUGAAUCAAUAAUUCAUGAAUUAUAAAUAUCAUAUGAAAAUAGUACUUGGAGAUUAGUUCAUUAACAUUAAGCAUAGAAAUAUAUUCAAGAUAUUGAGAUGACUGAUAAUUAUGCACUCAUUAUAGGAAGAAAUGGACAUGAAAUCAUUUAUCAUUCUCUUCCUACUUACGAUAUUUAAAUUUAGGAUAAAAUCAUUAUACCUGGAUUAUAGAAACUCUUUUUUCUUAAUAAAACAGAGUCUCAUAAUAUUCAGAUGUUCGGAAUAACUAAACAUAAAUUCUUCACUACAAAUUUAUAAUUAUUUCCCCAAUUAAUUAGUUGUUUUUAUAGCAAAGACGAUAAUGAAAUUAAGUUAACAUAUCAUCAAAAUUCAACAAAAUGCCCUGGGUCAUCUUAAUCAAAGAUCUGUCAUUACAAAUAAAAUUAUACAAUAACAUUCGUUCAUCCUGUUCUUACUUCUGAACAAUCAAUUUAUGUGUAUAUUACAUGUGUAGUUAUUGUAGCAAUCUUUAUAAUAGUUUUAGGAUUAUUGAUAAAAGAAUUCAGAAGAUACUAAUAUUUUGUGAAUUUUCACAACCCAAAAGAUUCUUACAUUUAAUAAAGUGGAAGUAGAGCAUAACCUUCUAAUGAUAUAUAUGCUUUAAACUCAUUUGAUAGUCCUAUGAAAAUAAGUAAAUUAACUUAUAUUCCUUCCAUUCCUAUAUAAAAUGACUAAAAGAUUGAAUGA